CAUGACGGCUUCGGGAAAGAGAAUCAUGAUUAAUGUCGUGCUUGUCAAGAGUCAGAGUACAAAACAUGGGUGUAGCGAGACACGUAGUGUGUGCAAUGUCCGGUGGAGUGGACAGCUCUGUCGCUGCUCUUUUACUCAAGAAAAGAGGCUAUCAUGUCACUGGGGUUUUCAUGAAGAACUGGGAUUCCUUGGAUGAAAGAGGAGUGUGUACCUCAGAAAGAGACUGUGAUGAUGCUUAUAAAGUGUGCCGGGUGCUGGAUAUGCCAUUCCAUCAGGUCUCCUAUGUCAAAGAGUACUGGCACGAAGUAUUUAGUAAUCUUCUUAGGGAAUACCAGAAGGGCAGAACUCCAAAUCCUGACAUAAUAUGCAACAAACAUAUCAAAUUCAAACACUUCUAUCAGUAUGCAGUCAGUUCUUUAGGUGCUGAUGCCAUGGCAACUGGUCACUAUGCAAGGACUUCUCUGGAGGAUGAGGAGGUUUUUCAGCAGACACACACACCAGUACCACGGCCUCUCUUCAGAGAUCGCUUGGAGAUCAGAAAUCCUGUGAGGCUGUACCAAGGUGCUGAUCGCCUUAAAGACCAAACAUUCUUCCUCAGUCAAAUUUCCCAGGAUGCCUUGCGGCAGACCAUCUUUCCAUUAGCGGGACUCACUAAAGAUUUUGUAAAGAAGAUUGCUGCUGAGGCAGGGUUCCAUCAUGUCCUGAAGAAGAAAGAGAGCAUGGGAAUCUGCUUCAUUGGUGAGCGACACUUUGAAGAUUUUAUUCUUGAGUAUUUAGAACCCAAACCUGGACAUUUUGUCUCUAUUGAAGAUGGGAAGAUAAUGGGGAAGCAUAAAGGUUGGUUCACAUUUACCUUAGGACAGAGAGCACGGAUAGGAGGCCAGAAAGAUCCGUGGUUCGUGGUUGAUAAAGAUAUCACGACUGGAGAGAUAUUUGUUGGCCCUACCACCAACCACCCAGCACUGUUACGGGACACAGUACAGACAAAUCGGUUUCACUGGAUAACUGAGGAGCCUCCUGCUGAACUGAUCCGAACUCAGAUGAUGGACUGUCACUUUCGCUUCCUACACCAAAUGCCUUUAUGUCCUUGCACUGUGACCCUGAAUCUGGAUGGAUCAGUGUGGAUAACAGCAAAAAGGCCACUGAGAGCACUCACACCUGGACAGUUUGCGGUUCUGUAUAAGGGAGACGAGUGUCUGGGCAGUGGGAAGAUUGUUCGGCUGGGCCCAAGUGAACACACACUCCAGAAACGCCACCUUCAACUGAGCAGAAACCCUAAAAACUCAGAACAGUCAUCAGAAUCGGACAGCUGAAAUGAGCCAUCACACACACACACACACACACAAAUACUCAGUGCAGUCUCACCUGUGUCCUCAUUGGCAGCACUAAUACCUUGGACAGACCUUUCAGUGGAGGGCAGAACCUCAGAAUGGACAUGCGGAGAUGUUCAUGGACAAAGUCAGCAUUUAAAAAUUGGUUUCACUGAUUUAAGUCACUGAAAUCCAUCAUCCAUGCUAUGAUUUUAAAAGGCCCUGGGUUAAUCAUGGAAUAAGACACAAACCUGAAUGUUAUGACAGUAUGGCAUGUGUGUUGUUAUUGUCCUGUCUGGAAAUUGUGUAAUACCACACUAAAUCAAGUGUAAUUUAAAUAUUAAAUCUUUAGCUAUUUAAGUGCGCCUUUUUUUAAGGUGUGUUAUUUUUAUCUUGGUAUAUCUUUUGGAACGAUAAAUGUUUACCAUGAUAUCCAUUGUGGUAUUUGAUUUCUUUACCUGUUUCCUUGUAAGGAGUGCUUUACAAGCAGAACCAGUGAUAAACCGAUAAACAGGA